UCAAGUUCCGUGUGCAAAUUUGUUAGGCCAUUUCGGCUAUGUUUUUGGUGUGACGUCAUUCAUUCAUGGGGUACAACCAUGAGAGGUGCUAACCUUCGGUCUAUUUCUUUCAGACCACUCGAUCAUUGUCGACGGGAUCCAUAGUCCAUAUUUGAACGUGCAUGGGCUUCACAUUCUUUGAUCUCAAACCAUUAAUACAGAAGGUAUUAUUAGGCAUAAUAUCGGAAAGUCACUGUUUUUUUAUAUAUUGUCCAACUUAGCAGGAGCGAUUGGGAGUUUCGACAACUGGCGAGAGAAGUGUUACCUUCAAAAAAAUGUCUACAGCUAAAGAGCCUGUCAAGGGAUGGGACGGGAAGCCGUCAUUCCUCCUCGCCGAAGCUCCGGCGCAUGUUGCCAAAAAUUGCUACGAGUAUGACAACACCGUCAUGAGCUUCUUCUUCACCAAAAAGUGCCUGGGGCAGCUCAAGACUUUCAAGCUACGCUCAGAUGACUUGUUCAUCAUCACUUAUCCUAAGACAGGAACAACAUGGGCGCAGCAGAUCAUGAUGCUUGUUCAGGUUGAAGCCGACCUGUCUUUCUUCGAGGGGAAACACAUCUCUAAAAUGGUUCCAUUCUUAGAAGUUCCUGAUGUUCCAGAUGCAGGGGCGUUUAAGACGGUGGAAGAAAUAAACGAGGCACCAACGUGCGUUGAAACUGCAGACGCAAUGCCAACCGAUACACGUCGGAUACUAAAAACACACGUGGUUCAAAAAUGGCUCCCUGACGGACUCCAAGAUAACCCCCAGGCGAAGGUUGUGUAUGUGGCCAGAAACCCAAAGGACACGGCUGUCUCUUACUUUCACUUCUGUGAACUAAUCAAAGAGCUACCAAACUACGUGUCGUGGGACGAGUUCUUCGAAGAGUUCCUCGCUGGAAGGGUUCCUUAUGGGCCUUAUUUAGAUCACAUCCUCCCGUGGUGGAAGCUUAGAGACCACCCUAAUGUUCUCUUCCUCACCUAUGAAGAUAUGAAAAAGGACUCUCGGAAAACGAUAGUUCAGAUCGCCGAGUUCAUGGGGAAAUCUUUACCAGACGACAUCAUUGACCGUAUCGUCGAAGCUUCAAGUUUCAAGUUCAUGAAGAGUAACAAGACAACCAACCCCGACGUUGCUUAUGAAGAAGAAAUGGACACGUCAAACAAGAAGUCAUUCAUGCGUAAAGGUAUGGUCGGAGAUUGGAAGAACUACUUCACCGAGGAUCAAAAUCGUCGGAUUGAUCAACUCAUUCGAGAAAAAAUGGGCGGAUCUGGUUUUGAAUUCAGAUUUGAAUAACCAUAAUCAGAGCCACAGCUAUGUCUUUCAAGAAAUCAUAUAUGUUUUUCUAUUUCUCAUUUUCGUUUAGCUACAUCACUCAGAAUAAUUUCUUUUAAUUGUUAUUAUUCAUAGGAAAUUAAUAUAUAUGGAGGAAGCAAAAUAAUUUAUAUCGUGGUUAAAAACUUAUGUAUAGCUGAUUGAAAAACAAUCUAAAUGGCUAAUCUUAUCUUAGUUAAUCUUGGUGCAGAAUGUGCAACAGACCUUUUAACCCUAACUAGCCCCCCCCCCCACCCCCUCGAUGUUGUUUUGCACGUCUCUAGUGAGUCACAAAUGUAUGGCUAUUUAAUAUCUUUUAAAAACGAUGAAAAAGAGAGAAGAGGAAAUUGUAUUUGCUUUCUUUAAAUUUUCUUUUACAAGAAAGCCUAAAGACCGUCUGGACUAAAAAAAAAUGCUCUUAAUUUAUGGCAGAAAAGGUGUUUUCAUAAAUGAAUAUACUUUAACAUAAAGUGACAAGAUUGUUAAAACCUGAGAAAUGAGUUUGUAUUCUUUAUAGAAUUUGCAAGUCCCGUAUACUGCAAUAAUUUGAUCAUCAUUAUUAAGCUAUGUUUAUGUACCUCAAUAUGAAUAUAAUGUAGUACUAUAAUCAUUGAAAAUAUAUUUAUAUAGAUCUUUCAGUUUCGAAACGAGAAUAUUAUAGUAGUGAUGUAUUUUAAAUUGAAAAAAUAUGUAUUUCAAAACCAGCUUUGCCAGAAUUACGCUGAAAUGAGCGAUUGUGUAUCGCAUAAUAAAAAAUUACAUUUA